AUGGCGCUAGAGGACAUGAAAAAGGAGAGACAAGCAGAGUUGAAAGAAGCCCAGAAGUUUGAGAAAGAAGUACGGAAGAAGAUUAAAGCUAUUGACAAAGAACUGGAGGAGAAAAAGUCUUUAUCAGAGACUGCCCUGUUAAAAGAGAUGGACCCACAAAAAAUCGACUGGUUGAAAAUAUCGGCCUUUGAGUUUGAUGGUCGCUGGGAUUCGGUGGCCUGUCAGCAGAUGUGGACUAAUGUUCUCACCCCUGCCAUCAACCGCUCCAAGUGGCUGAAGGAAGAAAAUGACAAGUUAUUGAAGCUGGUGAAUAAAUAUAAUAAGCGCAACUGGCCGAAAAUUGCCCAGGAACUCGGGACAAAUCGAACACCAUUUCAGUGCCUUCAGCAUUAUGAGAUAAAGCUGAACACCAGCAGUCACAUGAGAACAUGGACCCCUGAAGAAGAAGCCUUGUUGCUGGAAGUGGUGGCCACCUGCAGGAUGGGAAAUAACAUACCCUGGACACAAGUUUCGUUUUACAUGGAGGAUAAAUCUGCCUCUUCAUGCCAGAUACGCUACAAUCAGAUGGACCCAACGCAGAAGAGAGGCAGAUGGUCAGCGGACGAAGAUGCACUGCUUCUGACACAAAUUCACAAGUACGGCCCCCAGCAUUGGGCUUUGAUUGCAGACGCUGUACCUAACAGAACCUCGCGCAAUGUAGGGGAAAGGUGGAGCAAGGCUCUGAACCCUAGCAUCCGUCUGGGACAGUGGUCUUAUGAUGAGGACAAACUGCUCCUGACACUCAUGAAGAAGGAAAAAAAUUCAUGCGCCCGCGUGGCUCAACAGAUGACUGGCCGCACUAACAGUCAGAUCCGAAAGCGAUACAAUGUAUUAAAGCGCUGGGAGAGGGAAAUGGUGUGGCUGGACCAUCAGUCGGAAGAGACAAGAGAGUUUUUACUGGGCAGACCUCCAAACAUAGUACUCCGGUCACUUCAGAACAUGCUGGCAGACAGGCGUCGUGAAAGCUCAGAGGAUGCCCAACCAGAAGGCGCUGUAAGCGAAGAAGCAGCUGUAAACUCCUCAGGGAAAGAAAACCCAAAGGCAAAGGGCGAAGUGGGUGAAGGCCCAUCAGGAAGCGGUUACAAGCCAAACAAGACAGAACGGCGGGAUCUGGCAGUUCUAGUGCAGUGUUCCUCACUCUUCUACGACUAUCUCAGACAACAGAAGGAUAGACAAGCAGGUGAGUUGGUGGUGCCCAGACCUCUGGUGUCCAAACAUUCGACACGGCGGUGCAUUCAGCGGUUGAAAAUGAAAGAAAAGCUGCGCGAAGCAGUGCUUCACCGUGUGGGGAACACUCGGGAAGAGCUGGAAGAGGCAGAAGAGGGUCACGAUGGGGGAGACGUGGCCAUUAAAGAUUCAACACGUCCUGUGUCGGCUUUACCUCAGUCGAGUUCCAAGACUGGACUCCUGAAGUCUCUGCAUCCGUCCAUGACUGUACGAGAAAUUCUGGAGGUGACUCGCUCUAUCGCCGAAGACAGGAAGGAGGACCAAGACCCUUCCCUCGAAAAUCAGCAUGACAUAGAGGAUAGCUCCAGACCUGUCAAGAAGAAAGGGAGGAAAUCUCUGUCCAAGCUUGAGACCUCAGUGGACUAUGCAUUACGACAGACCCUGAUCUGCCAGGCUUCGGCCUUCACACCUUUGAAGAAGCACGGCCGGAGGCGGCGCUAUUUCCCGGCUGAAGAAUCCUGUGUCCAUUUGGAUCCGGAGAAACGUAGACAGUGUGAGGCUCGCACGGCCUCCGUCCUCAUGAAGGCAUUAAAGGUGGAUGGUCAGGCUGCAUGGACUGAGCUUCAAAGAAAGUCCACCAAAUCUAAAUCAGGUGAGGUGGUGCCAGUGACAAAACAAGACUCCAUUCAGCGGGCUAAGGAGAGUCUGUCACAGAUGAGAGAAUUUGGGUUUCUCACAACCCAAACUACACGCAGAAAUGGUGAUUCACAGCAGGCAGGCACGUCUAAAUCUGGUGUUGCGCCACCUGGUAAUGGAGGAUCAGAAUGCAAGGGAUAUAACUCUAGCGAGCUGCCUGCUCUACCUCCUUCUUGGACAACAUUGGCUGGCUUCAGGGCUCUAAAGCUUGGGCUGGGUGGGCUGGUGCAAAAAUCAGCCAACUGUUCCGAGUCACAGAUAUUUUCUUUGAAGAGAAAAAGGUCUAAAAAGGGAGACAGUCCCAAAGAUAUGGACCAUCAUGAUGAAGUUGUUCUGGUGAAAAAUAAAGACGUGCAAGAUGACCCAUUGUCAGAGGUUCGCAAAACAGAAGAGUUCCGACUAUUACAGUCGAGGUUUAAUGCCCUCUUUCUGUGGCCGACCUUUCUCUCGUGUGUGCCAUUACCACAGAAGCAAACUGCCAGCCAAUUGGUAGAGGAGCAACAAGAAGACGAAGGACAGCAGAAGAGACGGAGAAAUCGACCAAGAAAAAGAUUCAACCCUCGUUCAAGAAAGAAGACCUGUAGUAAGAAGACGGUAACUGCCAAAGUGAAGACGCAGGUAAAUGGUAAAAAGACAUCUGAGGAGGAAGAGCCAACGACAGCAAACCAGAAUGAGGAGACAACCCAAACUGGUACAAUGUCGGGUAAAUCCUCUGUACUCAAAGCAAAAGAUUCUGUGCCUAAGAGGCGACGUGGUCGACGUGAGAAAUUACAGCAGCCGACAGAGAAGAGAAGGACAAGCACGAGGCUGGCAUCAAAAUGCAAGCUUAGUGAGACAUCAGAAACACACAUCAGUGAAGGCCUAGUGAGUGGAGCCAAGGGAGGUAAAUCUUCAAACAGUGGCUCUGCUCAUAAUGAUGGUUCAGAGGAUGAAACAGCUGAUGAUGAAACCGUUCACAACAGAAUACUCAGCAACGAAGUCAAAAUCAACAGCAGAGCAGCAGAUGAAAGUGUAAAGAACAGAACUCUAGGUGAUGAAUCUGUGAACAGUGGAAAUGUAGGUGAGGACACUGCUAUCAAUAGUUCUGCGGGAGAUGUGGUGCGCAAAAGGCAGAUUUCAAACAGCUCUUCUACACUCAAUUUAGUUUCAAACUCUGAAUCUACUGACUCCGUGGAACGAGAGACUCAACCACCAGAGAGCAAGAAGAGGAAGCGUGGCCGUCCAAAUAAACUUGCAGUACAGAAAAAUUAA